GUGUAAUAGAGAGAGGGCGCCGCAGCCUCUGUAUAUAAAGACCAGUAAGUCACUGCUGGUUAUUUGCUUAGACAGACGCUGAGACAGCUGCAGCUCUCAUCUCCCCUACACCAGCAGCACAGGGGGUUCAGCACAAGCAUAACAAGCAGACAUCCUGCAGAAGAGAUUAACAAUGUUGCAAGAACUUAAAACGAAGGAAAGUGUCCAGAAUGUGAUGGAAACUUCAGAAACAGUUUCUGAGCUAUUUGGUUACAGCUUGGAGCACAAGCGAAUGUGUGAAGGCUGCCAGCGACUGAUAUGCGACCGCUUCCUGCUGAGGAUCAGUAACCUUUUGUGGCAUGAGCAAUGUGCACAGUGCUGUGCAUGUAAAGAGCCCCUGGAGAGCAGCUGUUUUUACAGAAACAAAAAAUUAUACUGCAGAGAAGACUACGAAAAGUUGUUUGUGGUGAAAUGUGAAUCUUGUCUAGACCCCAUCGCACCCAGCGAGCUUGUCAUGAGGGCGCACAACAAGGUGUUUCACCUGAGCUGCUUCUGCUGUUGUGUGUGUGAGCAGCAACUCCAGAAAGGUGACAUGUUUGUACUCAGAGACGGACAUCUCCUCUGCAAGAGUGACUUUGAGAGAGAGCGUGACUUACUUAGCCUUGUAAGCCUGGACACCUCAGACUCAGGCAAAAGUGAAGAUGAGGGAAAUGAAGGAACGUUUGAGGACGGAAAGUCAGGAGAAGAUGAAAAAGAGCAGAAACGUCCCAAGCGACCGCGCACCAUCUUAACCACUCAACAGCGCAGGGCAUUUAAGGCUUCCUUUGAGGUCUCAUCAAAACCGUGCAGGAAGGUCAGAGAGACGCUGGCAGCAGAUACUGGCCUGAGUGUUCGUGUGGUGCAAGUCUGGUUCCAGAAUCAGAGAGCUAAGAUGAAGAAGCUGGCACGGAGGCAGCAGCAGCAGGAACAGCAGAGCUCUUCCCAGGCCCCACAAGCCCAGACACAAAGCACAGUCGCCUCUAGCGUGGGAGGUAUCAUGAGCAUACUUACACACUUACCGCAGAAAGAGCUUCUUCAUAUAGAGCAGACGAUCUACACUACCCGCCUGUACCAGCAAGGCCUAACACCUCCACAGAUGCCUGGGGACCACAUGAACCCUUACGGUGGAGAGACAAUUUUCCAUAAUGUGGACAGCAAUGAUUCCCGUUUGAACAACGUGGGUGAGUGUCUAAUAACAGCACCUGAAGUGGGACCCCUGGAAGGCCAGAUGGCAAACCCCAUUGAUCAUCUUUACACCAUGCAAAGCUCCUACUUUACAUCUGAAGAAGCUCCUGGUCGAUGAAGGUGGCCCCUGUGUUCUGCUGAGCUUCUCUAAUUGCUAUUACCCAACAGUUCUGUGUCAUCUUGUCUUGUUUGCAAACUCAGUACUUUCCCAAACUUGUGAUGCUCAGGACACUUCCAAUUAUUUUACAUUCUCAGACAAAUAAGGUUAAUACAAAUAAUCUCUGUUUUUUUGACCCAUACUCAAAGGGACUAAGGUGACCUGGCUGGACAUGACAUGGUGAGAAGACACCUAAUCUGUUAUUUGACAUUUUGUUUUCUGCUGGUGCUCUCUGUUAAUGCAGAUGUACAGAAAUAAGCCAUAAACUAUUAAUGGAACUAAAUGUUCUAGGAAUAUAUAACUAAAGGUCAAAUGAAAAUUUAGUGUGUACCCUAUAAUCAACCCUAUGGAGCUGUUAAAUAAGUGACUUGAUCUGAUCAUCAGAUAUCAUUUUCAGUGGCACAAUAAUACUACAGGGUCAACACAAACAACUGUGACAUAUAAAGUUUGUGAAUCUUCACUUUGUAAAGAAGUAUCACUGGCCAAGAAAUAAUCUCAUCCAGUGGUGGUGUGGUAAUGGGACCUGUUACUGUCACCCAGUGGUGGUGUGUUAAUGGGUCCUGUGACUGUCACCCAGUAGUUGUAUGGCUAUAGUUCCUGUGACCGUCACCCAGUGGUGGUGUGGUAAUGGGUCCUGUGACCGUCACCCAGUAGUUGUGUGGUUAUGGUUCCUGUGACCAUCACCAAGUGAUGGUGUGGUAAUAGAACCUGUGACCGUCAUCCAGUGGUGGUAUGGUUAUGGGCCAUGUGACGUCACCCAGUGGUGGUGUGUUAAUGGGUCCUGUGAUCAUCCCCCAGUGGUGAUGUGGUUAUAUGGGUCC